CCCUCUGCAUCCCAGCGCCUCUUAAAGCAGGUGGUUUGCCGGCGUUGGCAGCGCUACAAUGGCACAGCUACGGGCCCUGUGGCUCCUGCAAGGAGUUGUACUGACUUGCAUGAUGCGCCAGAAUCUUGUUCACGGAACACCGGCGUUCUCCAUGAGCGAACACCAGAAGAUCAACUACCUGCUCGACACGCCGUAUUUGGGUACCAGGUUCUCGCUGCCUACCAACCUGACCACCGUCUCCUACUGCCUUCACUUCAAGAUGCUCUUCCUGGGAGACGAGUCCUGCAACUUCCUCUUUCUCUACCCUCUGAGUCUCGUCUUGUUCGGUUCUCAAGAUUUGUACUUCAGUGAAGGGUACUCAUUGAUCUCCAUGGUGCUGGACUUCAAGAUGCCCAUACGCGAGUGGGUGCACUUGUGCAUAUCAGUCUAUGGUGACAAUAAAGUCUACAUAAACGGGGUGGAAAAACGUACGAGUGUGAUCACUGGUUCAUCAAGUCAGAUGCAGAAGUUCCAGGAAUACACGCUUUCCUUCGGGUCUAAUUACGAAGUAAAAUCCAUCAUUGACCAGGAUUUUGGAGCACACAUUGCCGUCCCUGUCGUGCUGCCAAGGGAAAUUUCCCAAAAGGAG